UUACAACAUCACAUUCCCGGAACACGACAGGAUCUGACCGUCUGCUGCCGUCAAUUCAAGCACAGGGCGCAUCUCACAAGCGUUCUUCCACACAAACUCGGCUCAAAUACACUGCGACGAAGAGCACAACUCCAGUAUGGCGACUGUCUUCUCCCCGAAGAACGCGGCUGCCUGGAUCCUACAUGCUACAGAAAGGCCUCUCGUGGUCAGCAACUCUCCGUACACGAAGCCUCCCAAAGGCCAUGUAGUGAUCAAAGUCUACGACGUCGCCGUCAACCCCAUCGACUGGAUCUUACAGGACUCAGAUCUAUUCAAGCUUCAGUAUCCGACGAUCCUCGGCUCAGAUGUGGCGGGAGAGAUAGUGGAAGUCGCAGACGAUGUGAAGGAUUUCAGGAUCGGAACGAGGGUUAUCGCACACUGCACUCGCUCCAACGCAGACCUUCCAUCAGGUGCAACAGGCGCUUUUCAAAGAUUCGUUGUUGUCCCGGCGGUCCAAGUAGCGGAAUUACCCUCCAAGAUCCGCUCGUCCGCCGGUGUUGUAUUGCCAUUGGGCGUGUCAACCGCCAGCGCUGGUCUGUACCAGAAAGGCUACCUCUCACUCCCACUCCCCACGACCGACGAGCCCAAGCCUCUUCAUCGGACAAUUCUGAUAUGGGGUGGCUCUUCCUCCGUCGGUAGCUGCGCCAUUCAACUAGCCGUUGCGUCCGGCGUGGAGGUCAUCACCACAGCCAGCCCUGCGAAUUUCAACUACUGCAAGGAUCUGGGUGCGAAGGAAGUCUUCGACUAUCACGAGAAUGAUGUCGAAAAGCAGGUCGGGAAGUAUCUCGAGGGCAAGGCGCUAGCGGGCGUGUUCCAUGCUGUCGGCGCGGACGGAGCGGUGGAGGCUUGUGCGAGGAUUGCGGCAAAGGCGGAGGGAAAGGCGGUGGUUGUUACUGUCAGGGGUGUGCCAGAAAAGGGCAUUCCGGGAGAAGUGAGAGUCAAGGCUAUCAGCGCCACAGACAUCUUCAGCAAUGAAGUCGGACCAUACAUCUGGCGAGACUUCUUGCCCAAGGCGCUCAAGUCGGACAAGAAGGGGGCAAUUGUGCCGAAGCCGGAUCCGAAGAUUGUUGGAGAGGGCUUGAGGAGCGUGCAGCUGGGCUUAGACACGCAGAAGAAGGGCGUAAGCGCGAAGAAGGUGAGUAUGGCUGCGAGUUGA